UGGGCUCCUCGCCGGAGAAUGGCCUGAAAGCGGUCGCGUCGACUGCGAUACAUGGUCUGUUUACGUCUGGAAAGCUGUCGGUACCCAUAAGUUCUUUCGACCUUCUCAGCCGUGUCAUCACUUUCGGUGUGCCUCCAAGUGUGCGUCCCCCCGCUCGCGCGUUCAGACUGACAGACCUUCCACGGUUCGAGAACAUAUUGAAGGACCUCGCGCGGGAAUGGGACUACGGAGCGAUAUCCUUGUCGGAUGACGCUGGCGUGCUCGCUGUCCUCAGUGUGAAAGUAGGAGCCCAGAGCGGAGACAGCUCAGUACUCGCUGGUCGCAAGAGGAAACGGACGGUGGACGAAGAUGCUGACUCUGCUGCUGGUGAUACCCCGGAAGAGUCUGAGCCGGUUCCGGUUGCAAAACGGACUGGGUCUACUCUCGAGAACUUAAGUAAGGAGAUGAAAGAAGUCUAUAUGAUGUUGCAGAAGAGCACGGCCAAAGGGCGUCUACUGGCUGAGCAGUUUCAGUCCGUCAAUGGCGCCUUCGAACCAAUAUGUCCUCAUAUUACCAAGAACGACUGCGCCAAGUCAAGGCAGGCUAACCCGUCCGAAACGCCAUCCUCCUCGACCCUCCCUACGAUAUGUGACCGCGUACACUUCCGCCCUCUCCUUCGCCCUCACACCGAUCCGUCCUUAGGUCACUGUUCCUACCUUAAUACAUGUUACUCGGAGCCUACAUACGCGCAGUCCCCGUCUAUACCACCGCUUCCAUCUGCGCAGCACGCUUCCAGACCUCCAGGGUAUACAGCGGUGUCGCUACCCUCCGGUCUGGGUGCAGGUGGCAGGGGCAAGGAGAAAGCGCCGUGCCGGUACUUGCAUUACGAGAUCGACUGGGAUGAGGGCGACGGCGCCCCAGACACUGGUAAACAGGUCACGGUAACAAAGAAGCCUCAUAAGCUAGGUAUCGGUUUAGGACCUCUCGGCAAAGAGGUAGAACAAUUACCCCCUCAGUGGAUUAAUUGUGAUUUACGAAGAUUUGAUUACUCCGUUCUUGGUAAAUUCCACGUCAUAUACGCUGAUCCUCCUUGGGACAUCCACAUGAGCCUGCCUUACGGUACUAUGACCGACGAUGAGAUGCGUUCCAUGCCCAUACCCGCUUUGCAAGACGAAGGACUGCUCUUUCUCUGGGUCACCGGACGCGCAAUGGAAGUCGGACGAGAAUGCAUGCGAGUGUGGGGAUAUACACGCAUAGACGAGGUUGUCUGGGUAAAGAUCAAUCAGCUUCAGCGCGUCAUUCGCACGGGACGUACGGGGCACUGGCUGAAUCACACCAAGGAGCAUAUGCUCGUGGGUGUGAAGACCGUGACCGACGAGGACGGCAACCUUAAGUUCCCGUCGUGGGCGAACCGUGGACUCGACACAGAUGUCAUCGUAUCCGAGGUACGCGAGACGAGUCGGAAGCCGGAUGAAGUCUACGGUAUCAUCGAGCGGAUGUGUCCUGGCGGAAGGAAGAUCGAGAUUUUCGGCCGGAAACACAAUACUAGGCCUGGGUGGUUGACCUUAGGUAACCAAUUGGGAGCGGACCAAAUACACGAGGAGGAUCUCGCUGCUAGGAUCAAGGCGAGAUACCCCGAGCGCUCUAUACCUUUGCCUCCCGGUCCUGGCGAACAGCCUGCAGGCAAUCCACGAGGAUUUCCGACCCGCCAUCAGCCCACCCAACGAGGGCCGCCUUACUCUCGAAUGCCUAUGUAAGCUCAGUGGUGUGCAGACAGCCCUAUAAAAGCAGUCUCCCCCGGUGAAUGUCAGGCACGAAGAACGUAGUGUAUCUGAUUAUCUUGCUUUCAAUAUGCUUUUCGCUAUGCUGGACUGUGGUAGACACCCUAUACGUCGAUUGUUGGAUAAUUUAUACUGUAUCGGUAGUCUGUAUAUCAUUACAUUGCUUG